AUGCGGCCGCUCCACUUGCCGGCGAAGGGCUCGAGCAAGGGCACCCCGGUGGAGGGGAAGUUGGUCGAUCCUUCUGCAUUGGGGAGCAGAGGAGCCGGGGGUGGCGCCGACGAGGAGGCCCCGGUGCCGCCGAAGCCGUCGCAGCAGAGAUAUCGGCCCGUGGAGCCGCACGACAGCGCUGUCGUCCAGAUGGAGUCCAUGGAGUCCGGCGACACCUCCACGGCGCCCAGGCGCAUUAAACCUGCUAGGAACAGAAGUAUGGAUCCAAAAACGCAAGUGACUUCUUCAAAUGGUCCAUCUAGUGCACCUCACAGUGAUUCAAAGCUUGAGCUCUUUGGUUUUGACUCGCUGGUCAAUAUUUUGGGGCUUAAAAGUAUGACAGGAGAACCAGCUCAGGUACCUGCUAGUCCUACAGAUAGCGAGAAUGUGGGUAUUACAAUCGGACGCCCAAAGGAAACUGACCCUAAACUUGGUACAAUGAUGGGUGUCUUUGUUCCAUGCUUGCAGAACAUCUUGGGAAUAAUAUAUUAUAUUCGUUUCACAUGGAUUGUCGGUAUGGGAGGCGUAUGGCAGUCCCUUGUUUUAUGUGCAUUUUGUGGCGCAUGCACAUUUUUAACUGGAUUAUCGUUGAGCGCGAUUGCGACAAAUGGGGCAAUGAAGGUAAGUUUCUUCUUAUUCCAGGGUGGUGGGCCAUACUAUUUGAUUGGCCGCGCACUAGGUCCAGAAGUUGGAGUUAGCAUUGGAUUGUGUUUCUUCCUGGGAAAUGCAGUUGCUGGAGCUAUGUAUGUGCUGGGAGCUGUAGAAACCUUUUUGGAUGCCGUUCCUUCUGCUGGAUUUUUUCAAGAGAAGGUAACAAUGAUCGAUAAUACAGUAAACGGGGGCAGUGCAACAACUAUAUCAACACCCAGCUUGCAUGACCUCCAGAUCUAUGGUGUCAUUGUGACCAUACUGUUAUGUUUUAUUGUGUUUGGUGGUGUCAAAAUUAUCAACAAGGUCGCCCCUGCUUUCUUAAUGCCAGUCCUCUUCUCAAUACUCUGCAUUUACAUUGGUGUUUUCAGUGCUCCAAGUCCCAACUCUUCAAAGGGAAUUACUGGGUUGAGUAUGACUACACUCCGUGACAACUGGAGUGCAGACUACCAACGUACAAACAAUGCUGGAGUUCCUGAUCCAAAUGGCUCUAUAUAUUGGGAUUUUAACGCAUUGUUAGGUCUCUUUUUCCCAGCUGUUACAGGAAUCAUGGCUGGUUCUAACCGCUCUGCUUCACUUAAAGACACACAACGUUCCAUUCCAAUUGGAACAUUAAAUGCUACCCUUUUAACUACUGCGAUGUAUGUACUGUCUGUGUUUCUUUUCGGAGCCUUGGCUACAAGAGAAGAGCUUCUAACUGACAGGCUCCUAACAGCUACAGUCGCUUGGCCUGCUCCCGCAGUAAUUUACAUUGGUAUUAUCCUGUCCACUUUAGGUGCAGCUCUACAGAGUCUAACAGGGGCUCCAAGGCUACUUGUAGCAAUUGCGAAUGAUGACAUCCUUCCCGUUCUUAAUUAUUUUAAAGCCUAUGAAGGAUCCGAGCCACACUUGGCAACUCUGUUUACAAGCUUCAUCUGUAUUGGUUGUGUUGUGAUUGGGAACUUAGAUCUGAUUACACCCACUAUCACUAUGUUUUUCCUUCUGUGCUAUGCUGGUGUGAACCUUUCCUGCUUUCUGCUGGACCUCCUGGAUGCUCCAAGUUGGCGUCCUCGAUGGAAGCUUCACCAUUGGAGCCUUUCUCUCAUCGGUGCAUUGCUUUGCAUUGUUAUCAUGUUUAUGAUCUCUUGGGCUUUUACUGUGGUCUCUCUUGCCCUUGCAAGCCUCAUCUACUACUAUGUCAGCUUAAAAGGAAAGGCUGGAGACUGGGGAGAUGGAUUUAAGAGUGCCUACUUUCAACUGGCUCUGCGAAGUCUUCGUUCGUUGGGAGCAAAUCAAGUUCAUCCAAAAAACUGGUACCCUAUUCCUCUCAUAUUCUGCCGCCCUUGGGGCAGGCUUCCAGAAGAUGUCCCAUGCCAUCCAAAGCUUGCAGAUUUCGCUAAUUUCAUGAAGAAAAAGGGACGUGGCAUGUCGAUAUUUGUUUCUAUAAUUGAUGGGGACUAUCAUGAAUCUGCUGAGGAUGCAAAGACAGCCUGCCGACAACUAAGUGCUUAUAUCGACUAUAAGCGGUGUGAGGGUGUUGCUGAGAUUAUCGUAGCACCCUCAGUGUCUCAUGGUUUUCGCAGCAUUGUUCAGACCAUGGGCCUGGGAAACUUGAAGCCAAACAUUGUUGUGAUGCGUUACCCUGAAAUCUGGCGUCAUGAGAAUCUGACACAAAUACCGUCUACAUUUGUCAGCAUUAUAAACGAUUGCAUUACUGCCAACAAGGCUGUUGUCACUGUGAAGGGACUUGAUGAGUGGCCUAACGAGUACCAGCGACAGUACGGGACCAUUGACUUAUACUGGAUCGUGAGAGACGGUGGAUUAAUGCUUCUGCUGUCUCAGCUCCUACUGACCAAGGACAGUUUUGAGAGCUGUAAGAUUCAGGUCUUCUGCAUAGCUGAAGAGGACACAGAAGCCGAGGAGCUAAAGGCCGAUGUCAAAAAGUUCUUGUACGAUCUGAGGAUGCAAGCUGAGGUUAUCGUUGUUACUAUGAGAUCAUUCGAAGCACAUGCAGAUGGUUCCAGGAAGGAUGACCCUCAAGAGGCCUAUACAAGUGCACAACAAAGAAUCGGAGUAUACCUUUCUGAGAUGAAGGAGGCUGCGCAAAGAGAAUCGCGACCCUUGAUGGAGGGUGGCAAGCAAGUCGUGGUUAAUGAACAGAAGGUGGACAAGUUCCUCAACACGAUGCUAAAGCUGAAUGCAACUAUCCUUAAACAUUCAAGGAUGGCCGCUGUGGUCCUGGUGAGUCUCCCAGCGCCGCCGCUGAACCAGCCAGCCUACUGCUACAUGGAAUACAUGGAUCUGCUUGUCGAGAACGUGCCACGCAUGUUGAUAGUUAGGGGAUACAGAAGAGAUGUCGUCACACUUUUCACAUGA